AAUUCUUAUGUCAACUCAAAUAGACCCUCCAUUCCUCAUUGAUCAGGGUUUAGACGAGAAAUUCGAUCUGACCCGAAUUCGUCCUGUUAGAAAUCCUCUUUCCUAACCUAGACUAGAAACCCACUCUCCCCGAAAAGACAAGAGGCAGAAAGCAUCGCCCAUGGAAGAGGAGAGGGAAGAAGACGAGCUAAUGCAAGAGAUCAACACAGCAAACGACCUCUCACCUUCCGAAAUCUGUCAUUUUGUUGAAGAGAAACUUCAAUCACUGGUGCAAAAUGAUGAAGCAGACUUUGGUGUUUGGACAUCACUUGUAUCAGAGAUUGAGAAUACUAAUAAUAUGGAAUGUAUUUGCAAGGUAUAUGAUGCAUUUUUGCAUGAAUUUCCUUUAUGCUGCGGCUAUUGGCAGAAGUAUGCAAGACAUGUGGCACAUUAUUGUACCUUAAACGAGGUAGAGAAAGUGUAUGAAAGAGCAGUUGAAGCAAUACCGUAUUCUGUUAAUCUCUGGGUCAGUUUUUGCAGCUUUGGUAUGUUGGCAUAUGAAGAUCCUGCUGAUGUUCGAAGAUUGUUUGACAGAGGCCUUCUCUUUGUUGGUAAGGAUUACUCAAGCCAUCUUCUUUGGGAUAAAUAUAUUGAGUUUGAGUUCUCUGAGAAACAGUGGAAUCACUUAGCUUAUGUUUACAUCAAUACUUUGAGAUUCCCGACGGAAAAGUUAAACAGCUAUUACAUAAGCUUUAAAACGUUGGUGGCAGCAUGGGAAGAAGAGAUGGAAUGUGAAAAGCACAUCAAAGUGGAAAAUGGCUCUUGUGAAAAAACAGUUGCAAACAGUUGUAAAGAUGAAGAAACCUUGAAAGUGAUCAGGGAUCUUCUCAUCCUACAAGAUGGAUUUUUUAAGCCCAGCAUGGUGAAAAAAUAUUUAUCAGUUGGGGAGCUGUUCUACCAUAACUCAAGACAGAUGGAUGAAAAUAUCAAUUCCUAUGAGGCAUGCAUACAGAGGCCUUAUUUCCAUGUGAAACCACUUGAUAACUGUCAACUUGAGAAUUGGCAUAAAUAUCUUGACUUCAUGGAGGUGCAAGGAGAUUUUGACCGGACAGUAAAACUUUAUGAGCGAUGUUUAAUUCCUUGUGCUAAUUACUCAGAGUUCUGGAUUCGUUAUGUUGAAUAUGUUGAAGCUAAAGGUGGUAGAGAAAUAGCAAACCAUGUAUUACAGCGAGCGCAAAAAGUAUUUCUCAAGAGAGUGCCAGCUUUCCAUAUUUACUGUUCAACCUUUAAAGAGCGAAUUGGUGAUCUUGAGGGUGCUCGUGCUUCUUUUUUGCGGUCUGAUAUAGAGUUUGAUGCUGAAUUCAUCAAGAACGUUGGUAGAGAAGCAAAUAUGGAAAAACGAAUGGGAAACACUGAAUCUGCUUGUGCGGUAUAUGAAAAGGCAAUUGCAAUGGCCAAAGCAAAACAGAAUUCGGAUAUUCUUUCUGUUCUAUAUAUAAAAUUUGCUCGAUUUACAUUUGUGGUGAGUAGGGACGUAGAUGCAGCCCUUGAAGUUUUCAUGAGGGGCUUUCAAGAAGUACCAUGCAAAUCAAUUGUACAGGAAAUGAUUAGCUUCAUAUGCUUAUGUGAGCCAGGGCAGAUACCGAAGCUCGAUCUCAAAAUAGCCAACAUAAUAUCCUCUGAUUUUGUUGCAUCUCAGUCAUUAGACCCUCAUGAUCGUGAAGAAAUAUCGAGUUUGUUUUUAGAGUUUGUAGACCUUUAUGGAAGUAUUCAUCAAGUCAGAAAGGUAUGGGAGCGUCACAGGAAACUAUUUCCAGAUAUGAUGAAACCUAUUGCAAAAUUUCAUUGCAGUCCCAUUAGCAACACUCUCUCCGUCAAAGAAGUGAUGGGAAACAAGCAGAUACACAAUCCUGUAUCUUAUCAAGCUUGUAGAAACGAUGGUCAUGAUGGCUCAAGAGCGCAUGUAUCUGACUGUCUAUCCCCUGAAGAAAACAAUCACACUUCCUCUGAAGCAAUGGUAACUGACAACUUGCAAGACAAUAUAAAUGUUACCAAGAGGAGAGGGGAACUAGUGGAUGUUGCUGAAGAUGUGGAAAAACAAUCUCUAAAUGACAAUAACAGGAAGGAACUGGUAGUGGUAGAAGUUGCUAAAGAUAUGAAAAAGCAGUCUAUUAAUGAUAAUACGGGAAGAGAACUGGCAGAAGUUGCUGAAGAUACACAAAAUCAGUCUACAAUAAAUGAUCAUAAGGGAAAAAAGGAACUUGUAGAAGUUUCUCAAGACGUGGAAAUGCAUUCUAUACCAGAAGGUUCUGAACUACGCUUGGAAGGUGCAGCUCCAAUUCCUGAAGCAACCCUGGACUAUUCCAAAGUUGAAAACCAAGUUCAAGGCCAUCCUCCGCAGGAGCUUGGUGAUGGUUUAAGACCACCUUCAAUUGAAAAUUUGCCUACAAAAUUUCCAGAUAAUAAGACCGUGCAGUCCCAGCCUACUAGUUUUCUUGAUAGUAAGUUUCCUCAGGAAGAAACGUCUAGAGCGGGAGAGAAUGUACUUCUGGCUGAAAGCAAGAACGAAGAGGUCUCAGCAAUAUGUGUUCCUGAUCCUCUAGACACUAAACCUUCUACCCCUUCUGAAGUUCAGGGUAACAACAGCACUUUGCAUUCAGUUUGCGACUCAACUCCUGUAUCUAGAUCAAAUCCACAGGUACAAGUUCAGCCUAAUCCACAGACAACUAUGCUGGAGGCUUUACCUUGCAGUGUAGCAUAUUCUCAAAAUCCAAGUAGUUCUGGAAACUGGCCUCAGAUGUAUUAUGUUCAGUCUUCUCAAUCUCAACAGUGGCAAGGCCUCCCACAGUUGAAUCAAACAGGAACCAACGUACAAAUGACGGUGACCCAAGGUCAUACAUAUCAACCUCAGGCUAACCAAAUGUUUGGUCAGUAUCAGAUGGGCACUGCUCAAGUUUACCCAGUGGGUAAUUUUUCAUGGUCUAGCCAGAGUGGGCAGCAACAAGCCUAUGCAUAUGUUCAACAGCAAUCAGACGCUCAGCCUCAAUCUCAGUUUCAAGUCAAUCAGCAGUCUCUGCAGAGUAAUGAACAACAGUAUGGAUCUAUUCAGAAUAGCCAGGGAAUUCCCCCCCAUAUCAUGCAGUACUACCAGCAACAAUAUUAUUAUCUUCAGCAACAGCAGCAGCUACAACAAAGUCAACAACAAGAGAAUAAAUCACAGCAGGAACAAAAGAUUGAUCAGUUGCAACAAAUGAAUCCAUCACAGCAGCUGAAUCAACAAAUCUCAACUGAACAACAGCAGCGGCAGCGACAGAAUCAGCAGUCUAACCAACAAACACAGCAGGACCAAUUAGCGCCUUAUCACCAACAGAAUCAACAGGUUCAGCAAACACAACAGUAUCAGCAGCUUCUAUACAUGCAACAGCAGCAACAACAGCAGCUUUAUCUGCAGCAACAACAACAGUAUUAUCUGCAGCAACAACAGCUAGCUCAGCAGCAGCAGUUCCAGCAACUAUCACAACAAGAGCAGCAACUUUUGCUCCAACAGCAUCAGCAGCAAUUUCUUCAUCAUCAGCAGCAACAAUUGCUUCAAUUGCAGCAGCAGCAGCUUCAGCAGCAACAACAG